AUGAAUUCUCUGCUCGUAGUACUCCUCGUUGGCAUCGUUGCCAUCGCCGCAGCCAACAAGCAAACGGUGGCCAUCGAGGGUCGUCUGAUGUGCAAUGGAAAGCCGUAUUCCGGAGCCAAGGUCAAGCUCUACGAUCAUGACACUUUCACCACGGACGACAAACUCGCCGAGACCCAAUCGGACGGACAGGGCUAUUUCAAGCUCGUCGGCACUGGGCGUGAGGUGAGCCGUCUCAACGCCAAGUUCAACAUCUACCAUCGUUGUGGAAAGACUUUGCCCGUCUGCUACUACAAGUAUUCAUUCGCCGUCCCAUCAUCCUUCGUCAACUCUGGCACCUUCGCCAACAAGGUGUACAACGCCCAAACCAUCGAGCUAUCCCUGCUUGAGAAGCAUCGCGAUUGCCUCAAC